AUGAACCUGGCGAGUCAGAGCGGUGAGGCCGGCGCUAGCCAGCUGCUCUUCGCCAACUUCAACCAGGACGUCACGUCUCUAGCUGUUGGUAGUAAAUCCGGGUAUAAAUUUUUCUCCCUUUCUUCUGUGGAUAAACUGGAACAGAUCUAUGAAUGCACUGACACGGAAGACGUGUGCCUCGUGGAGAGACUGUUCUCGAGCAGCCUGGUGGCCAUCGUCAGCCUCAAGGCCCCCAGGAAGCUAAAGGUCUGCCACUUUAAGAAGGGGACCGAGAUCUGCAACUACAGCUACUCCAACACCAUCCUGGCCGUGAAGCUCAACAGGCAGAGGCUGAUCGUGUGCCUGGAGGAGUCUCUCUACAUUCACAACAUCCGGGACAUGAAGGUGCUGCACACCAUCCGAGAGACGCCCCCAAACCCCACUGGCCUGUGUGCACUGUCCAUCAACAACGACAACUGUUACCUGGCCUAUCCGGGCAGCGCCACCAUUGGGGAGGUGCAGGUCUUCGACACCAUCAACCUGAGAGCUGCGAACAUGAUCCCGGCUCACGACAGCCCAUUAGCCGCCCUGGCCUUCGACGCCAGCGGAACCAAACUCGCCACUGCUUCCGAGAAGGGGACCGUGAUUAGGGUGUUUUCCAUUCCAGAAGGACAGAAACUCUUUGAGUUCCGGAGAGGAGUGAAGAGGUGUGUGAGCAUCUGCUCCCUGGCCUUCAGCAUGGAUGGCAUGUUCCUGUCCGCCUCCAGCAACACUGAGACUGUGCACAUCUUCAAACUCGAGACUGUGAAAGAAAAGCCUCAGGAGGAGCCCACCACCUGGACCGGCUACUUCGGGAAGGUGCUCAUGGCGUCCACCAGCUACUUGCCCUCCCAAGUGACAGAGAUGUUCAACCAGGGCAGGGCCUUCGCCACGGUGCGCCUGCCUUUCUGUGGCCACAAGAACAUCUGCGCGCUGGCCACGAUCCAGAAGAUUCCCCGAUUGCUGGUGGGCGCCUCGGACGGGUACCUGUACAUGUACAACCUGGACCCCCAGGAAGGUGGCGAAUGCACCCUCAUGAAGCAGCACCAGUUGGACGGCAGCAUGGAGACAACCAACGAGAUCCUGGACUCCACGUCCCAGGACUGCCCCCUGGUGACGCAGGCGUACAGCGCAGCCGCGGCCAAGGGCCCGCACGCGCCUUUGUCCCCCACAGCGCUGGCCUACACGGACGAGCUGGGUGCCGCGGGCGGCUCGGGGCUGGAGGACGAGGCCAGCGCCCUACGGCUGGAGGACGACAGCGAGCACCCCCCCAUGAUUCUGCGGACGGACUGA